UCACGUGAUUACGAGGUAAGGGACGCGUUCAAGAUGGCUGCUCAUGAACCACUAACACUAGCUCGAGAUGUGAACCGUGCUAUUGAACUGAUUGAAAAGCUACGCUCUAGUGGCGAAAUUCCCCCUAAGAAACUUGAAGCUCUGCAAAAAGUUCUUCAGAGUGAAUUUUGUAAUGCCAUCCGUGAGGUUUAUGAACAUGUUUAUGAGACUGUUGACAUCCAAGGCAAUCCUGAAGUGAGAGCUCAAGCCACGGCCAAGGCCACAAUUGCUGCUUUUGCUGCAAGUGAAGGUCAUGCACAUCCCCGUGUGGUUGAACUUCCCAAGAAUGAAGAAGGGCUGGGCUUUAAUGUGAUGGGUGGGAGAGAACAGAAUUCUCCUAUUUAUAUCUCUCGCAUUAUACCUGGUGGUGUGGCUGACAGGUAUGGUGGGCUGGCAAGAUUUUCACAGCUAGCUCGACUUAAUUUUGUUAUUUUUCAGAGUGUAGAGGGAGAAAAUCACGAGAAAGCUGUUGACCUGCUGAAAGCUGCUGAAGGAAGUGUCCGUCUAGUUGUGAAGUAUACACCAAAACUGCUGGAGGAAAUGGAAGCCAAAUUUGAUAGACAGCGUGGGUCUCGCAGGCGCUGAUUUGUGAGGGUGGAUAUUUUGAAAUUCCUUGAAACAAGAAUCAUUCUGACUAACUUGAGGAACAGAAAGCAUUUUACAUGAUAGCCAUAAACUGCGAUACUAUAAACAACGUUUUCAUAUACAAAGCAUUUUUGCCAUGGUCAAGAUAUGGUUUACUCCUCAGUUUUAUUUCUUUUUAUUCUCUCAGUAUUUUAAGUGGAAUUACUUGUACUUCAAAAUAGGAUGUUUCAGAAAUUUUGCUAAUCUAGUGUUGGCUUUUGCUUGAAUGAUACAAUAAUCAACAACUUUGAAGGCAUUUUUGACAGUGGACACUGCUAACUUUGUAAUCCAAAACAAGUAAACUUGUAGUCAAUUUUUGUA